GCGGGGCGAGCAGGAGCGGGGCAGGCGCGGGGAAGGCGGCCGCUGCCGCCGAGGAAAAGGUGUGAAAACUUAGGACAACCAAUCUUCAGCUGCCCUGAUGCUAUCAUCUGGGGUGGAAUCUCCCCUUGAUUCUUCUGCCUCUGAUGUAAUUGAGUUGUACACUGGACUGCCAGGUAGUAUCUCCACUGAACUUAUGGCUGUAUCAGAGCCUACAGGGGGGUUAGAUGCCAAAUCUGAUGUAUCCACCCCUGUGCUGGCACACAGUGACAGUCUGUCAGCCAGACAGCGAGGGACUUGUGCAGCAGAAAACUUAUGCCAGAAGACAGAGGAGUUGGGUGAUAUGGGCAAGGUGUUUUCUCGUGGGCCAGCAGAAUCCCUCGUUGAAGACCUUGGAGACCUUGAAAAGGAUGAGAAAAACAAGAAAAGAAACUUCAUGCAACUUGACUGUUCUGUUGAUGGAUACCAGAAAAGAGACAAGGAGGCACGAGGUGCUGAGGAGUAUCCUGCUGAAUGCUGUGCUUUAACUUCGAGGGAAAGUUGGUCAAAACAAGAGGACCCUCACUUAAACCAGCAUGAGGUGAAGUCUCUGAGAACGUUUUGCACUGAAACAGGGGGAUCUCUGAAGAACACAGGUGCAUGUUCCAGUUGUACAUCCCUACCUAACCCUGCUGCUCUCCCAGAAGGAAACCAAUCAAAUGUUCAGGUGACAGCUGAAACUCUGCGAAAGCUCACUGAAGAAGUACAAGGCCCAGAGAAGAGAGAACUAGACACAUGUGAGAAGAAAGAAGCAUCAUCAGUGGCAGCUGAUCCCUACUCCAAGUGCAGUGCUUCAACCUGUGAGACACGGCUGUUACUCAAAACCAUCAAUAUUCCAACACAACAUGGGAGCCAAACAGACAAGGCCCUUCAAGCAAUGGAGAAUCAGUGUCUGGCAUGUCAGAAUGAGUUUGUUGGGUCUGUUCCAUUAAGCAGGCAACACUUAGGAAGUUUAAACAACCAACCAAACACUGGCUUACAAACUGUGGCUACUUCUGUGGAAGGAACCAAAAUAUCAAUUGGUUCCAGUCAAAGUGAAGAGAAACUGUUAAAGCCAGAUAGCAACUUGCCUCCAUUAGUUCAUAAACAUCCAAGAGAAGACAGUUUUCAAGGGACUCUAAAUGAGAAUGUAGUGGAUUUGGACUCUCCAAGUCAUGUAAGAAAUGAAGACCAGUCAGGAUACGUGGGCUUUGUCAGUGAUCUAAUUGGAGAGCAGACAGUCAAACUAAAAGAACAUGAGAACCAAUUGGAAAGAGAAACUAAAGGAACUUGUGGAGAAAGUUUUUCUGAUAAUAAAUCAUACUGCUCUCAGCAUGCUUGCUUUAUCAAAUGUGCAAAAGAGAAAACAGAACUAGUAUGUGCAGGAAACAAAAUGCAGCAAUCUUCACUGAAGACAAAAUGGCUGGUGGAGAACCAGGAAAAUACAGUUAGUGCCCAAUUUCUCCCCUCCUCAUCAAUCCAUGGGAGUCUGUCCUAUAAGCCAGAAAAUAUGAAUGUGCUUUCAAAGAAAGAAAACAAAAGUCUGAGAACAAAAUCUGUCUCAAACAGCUCUUGCCCGCACUUAACAUUUGAGCCUCAUAAAGAAAAAGGUGUUCAAAAGGGAGUUACUACAUCCCAGUUCAGAAUGUCUGAUAACCAAGAAUCUUCUAAUGAGACUCGGGGGGAUUCAGAAGCAUCAGCUCUUAGCUGGGGAAUCUCUCUGCCUGAGAAGAAGCAGCUGUGCACGUCACCUGAGGAUACACAAAUAGAGCACUGUGAUUCCUCUUCAGCUGAAGUUUCUAGCAAAGAGUCUUCACUGACAAAACCUGUUUCUGUAACAAUGUCUGUUAAGAGAGAAGGCAGCAAUACUGAGGUGCCAUCUGCAAUGAGGUGUCUGAAUGCUGCAGAAACCUCAAGAGUUUGUGCAUGCAGCAAAGGAAGUCUGAGAGAUGAGGGCCAUAGCAUGCUAAGUGUGAAAGACAUGGAUGUGACCUCACUAAAAAGUACUCACUGUGGAGAGGAGUUAAAGGAUACAUAUGGGGAAGAGAAGAUGGGAAGAGAAGUAGCCCCUAGAAAAACCUUGCCCAUAGAUCCUUUUUGUGAUGGAGAAGAUUGUUCUGGGGCCUUGUUAGAAGAUUCCAAAGAGUCUGGUAGCAAAACAGUCUCUCUCAAUACUGAGAAUUAUGUAAAGGUUGUGGAAGAAAGCUCAGGAUCUAACCUAAAUAAUAUUUCAAAAGAAAGAAAAAAUGAGACAAAGCUCACAAACUCAGCAGGUACCAGCCUACUUUCAGAAACUGUGCAUGGCUGUGAAGAUGUGUCUGAUGCAGAAACUUCACCAGAAUCACAGUAUAAUACAACACCCACGUUUCACCCACAUCCAAGUACACUAUCAAACAGUUGCAAAGAAAUAUCCCCAAACUGUGUGGUUUGCAGUGAAGCAUGUGUGCCUUACAAAUUAAAUGCACAGAGCAAAGAUAAUGUAAAGGAGGUUACAGAAGGCCAAGACACUAAACCAGCUCACUCAGUUUGCAAGGAAAAUGAGGCUUUAGGUUCAGAGAGAUUUGAUCAAAUAGAGAAAUGUCAGUUACUUAAACAAAAAAAAAGUGUGAGAAGAUAAGUAAAUCUGUCAGACCAGGCACAACAAGAACAGAAGUCAAAUUAUCAAGAGAAAGUAAAAAUCCCACUGCAACCAAGCAUGUUGCAGGGUUCUGACCUCUUGCCCAGUUCUUCGAAUGAGUUGGUGAUACCAACAGAUAAGUGUCAAGGUCCUUCAGAGGAUGAUUUUGUUGUCAGAAGCAGUGAAAAUACACUAUGUAGCACUUUACAAGAAGUCAAAAGGCCAAAGAUUACCACAGAUAUUAUUAAUUCACAGUUUUUGAAGACUCAGGAUUCAGAAAUGGAAAACCUGAACCUUAAUUUAGGGUAUGAUGGAAUCCCUGGUGCCUUUGGAACUACAAAUAAACUAAGAGGACCUCUUCCAUUAAAAAGACAGCCUGGAAGGACAUGCAAAAAAGUUCCCACAUCGUAUCAGCCAAAAACUACAAGAAAAAGCAAACAAAUUAAAAGUACAUCUCUUUUUGAGAAUUCUCCAGAAAUGUUCCCCAAGCAGGAAAACACACUUCUCAAAUCUUUGUACUCUUCAUGUAAACCACCAACAAUGGAAACGGAAACAGCCAUGGAAUCUGUGCAUAUGCCAAGGCAGAAGGCCAAGAGGUGCAGUUGGUUGAGCAGCUUGAAAUUCAGAAAAUGUACCAAAGAACCAGCAUUGUUGAGCAAGCUGUCUGCAAUAGCUAGCAAACUCCUGACACCUGCCAAAAGCAUCCAUAACUUAAAACCUCAGCCAUAUCCUUCUGAAAUUCUUCCUGUGGGUGAGAGGUACAGCCAACGUAUAGCUAAAAAUCUAUUAGAAGCCUUUUCUUGGAUUAACAGGAACUUACACUCACGCUGGGCUGACAGUUGGUGCACCAAGAUGUUCAGCUUUCGGCCUUUGGCACUUUAUCCUGUAGAAUCUACCAAAAUACUUUUUUCAGAAUUGAGCUGCAAGCCUCCAAUGUCUUUCCUGGAUACCCCAGUGUUCCCAAUUUAUUUUCACAUCAAAUUAGACUCCAGUCCUGUGACAGACCUCACAGGGAUUACACCCCAGCAUCUCGGACCGGUUUUGGGAGAGAUGGAAACGCCGCCUUCAGAGUGGACUUUCUCUUUCCUCCUGUCUCAGAGCUGUUUAGAUACAACAGCUUUCAAGGAAGAUGAUCAAGACAAUGAGCUGCAUUCCUCUCUCCCUGUAACAACCCAAGGGGCUGUUGCCCUUCAUCAUGACCGUGGAAGAAAUGCCACAGCUGAAAGAAGAGGAGGCUGCUCCAUGCUUGGCCUUCACACAGUGUUAGCACUUUCUUCUCCUGGAUGUUACAGGAUUUGGACGAGAAGAAGAAGCUUAACCAGUCACAUUCCUACCGUCCAGAGACUGUUUAUAUCCCAAUUCGCACAGGGUUUGAAAGGGACAAGGUAUCCAACUUCUGUAUCAGGUGACCUCGUCUCUUCAUUACCAUACUCCUUGGGCAGGGUACUCUCCAUAUGGAGCCAGCAUGGUCCUUCUGCCCCUCCUUCCAGAAUCACUCCUCUCCAUUCCAGUCACUGCAGGUGGCAGCCAAGUGUGGGCAUCGAGAACAGCUAUGCCAUGUUACCACACUUCCCUGUACAGUGUGUGGGAGCACUACAGACUGCAGGUCGUGAGAUAUGCCUGGAAACUUCAUUCCCUCUCCCAUUACCAAAGCCUUGCUCACUCCCAGAACCAUCACCAUCUCCCCCCAGGGUUUCAGCAUCUGAGCUCCAGGUCCAUGGCCUUGAUGAAGCUGAUGCUUCUGUUCCAGCCUGUCUUAGAUCCCAAGAUGACCCAGAACUGAAAAAAAUUGAGACAGAAAGGAGGCCAAAGAAAGUCUCUCAGAUCCGAAUCAGAAAAACUGUUCCUAAGCCAGACCCUAAUCUUACUCCAAUGGGAUUACCCAAACCAAAAAGGCUUAAGAAGAAAGAAUUUAGUUUAGAAGAAAUUUACACAAACAAGAACUAUAAGUCCCCUCCUCCAGCCAGGAGCUUGGAAACAAUCUUUGAAGAGCCCAAGGAGAAAAAUGGGUGCUUGAUCUCUGUCAGUCAGCAGAAGAGAAAGAGGAUUCUGGAGUUUCAGGACUUCACCCUUCCACGGAAAAGGAAGGCACGAGGCAAAGCCAAGGCAGGGGGUAGUUUCACCCGAGGAAAAAAAGCUGCACUGCAGAGUGCAGAGUUAGAUGCUCUUCUGAGUCAGAAGCUAAUGGACCUUGAAGCCUUUUUUGCAGAAGAGGCUGAGCAGGAGCAGGCCUCUAGCAUCUGAGGGAGCCAUUUAGCUAAAAAUGGUCCAAUCAUCUCUUUAUUAUUUUAGUCCUGUUGGGAUAAAUCUACUGACUUCUUCAUACAUUACUCUGCCACUUUGUUCUAAUAUCUGAUGAUCAGUUUUUGGCUGUGACCCUCUUUAAGGUGCUAUUUUAAUAUUUUUUUUUUUAAUAUUAUUAGAGGGAUGCUUCUAGGUCCCUGUUUGAGUGUAGCACAGCCACAUACAAUUUACCAUUCCUUCCUCAACCUCUGGAAAUUACUGUUAAUGUUUAAUUAUGUUUAAACACCUUUUGGGGGUAGAGUAGGAGUGUAAAGGAGGAAGUAGUGCACCUUCAGUGAUGCUAGAACUCUGUACUCCAGAUCAUUUGCACAUUUGAGUCUGCUGUUGUUACUGUAAUGGCUAUUUUUCAACAACGUGACAGAAGAGAUAUGGUUUUUGAUAAAGAUGAAUUCUAGCAAGCACAUUCUUGAUAUACCACUAAUUUUUUAGUAAUUAAAAGCAGCUGCCUGGAUUUGCUUUCAGUUGUUUCUUCCUUCUGUUUACUUAGAAGAUUCCUUCUGAGUUCCUGUGCCCUUCCUGGCUUCAAGCAGCAGAAGCCCCACAUGACUAAACUUUAAAUAACUUGCACUUUGUAUAUGUUUCUUUAUUUGCUGCAUGAGGACACAUUUUAAUGUGGCUGAGCUCAAAAAAGGUAAUAUUUUAAGAAAAAAUUGUGCCCAGUACCGAUUUUUCCCAAAUAGUGGAAGUUUUUUCCUCCUUGGCUGAUGCCAACCUGUUCUUCAGAGGAAAUGGUAAUUAGCCCAUGAGGAUAUUAAGCUGCAGGAUAGGUAAGUAGAGGCUUUUAUUUAACUGAGAUGAGCUCCUGCAUGCAGGGAACACCAACGAAAUCUUUGAGACUAACUUUUAAUUCCAUUCAAGUUACCAACUUGUUUUUAAUGCCAAGAAGAAAAUAAUUAUUUUUCAUUG